UUUGUUUCAACCCACAAAGGAGCUUAAACCACUUGUUGUUUCGAUGGAAUUAAAUGAUGAAGAUGUCUUUGAUUCAUUUGGACCAUACUAUCUGGACAAUGUUAACUGGAAUGAUGAGGGUCAUCAAAAAGCUAUUUAUGCGUCUUUAGUAAAUGGUGCUUACAUCCUCCAACGUGACAACAAACGACAUCGAAAUGGAGAAAAUGCAUUGGCCCCUCGGUGGUGGGAGUUCUUUGACUUCAAACUAUUGGAGAAGCUUUAUGACGAAGAUGAUAAAAGCAUCUUUGGUGCUGUUUACGUAGUUGGCCCACGAUGCGUAAUUGCCUUUAGAGGCACGAUGAAAGGGCGUGAAUUAUUUCAGGACAUAAAACUGGAUCUGGCCAUUUUUACUAAUAAACUUAAUAGAAAAUCACGUUUUAAAAUUGCAAUGAAAGUUGUAGAGGAAAAAGUUGUCGAAUUUGGUCAGGGUAAUGUUAUUCUUGUCGGGCAUUCCUUGGGGGCUGCUCUAGGUAUACUUGUUGGAAAACAAAUGGUCAUUCAGAAGGGAAUUUUCCUAAAAGCUUUUCUCUUUAACCCACCACACACUACUGCUAUAAUGUUGUUAAGUGAGAAUAAGUUUAGGAGAUUGAAAAAAGUUAUUCGAAGAACAGUGACAUUAUUUAAUAUUAUUGGAAGCAUUGUGGUUUUGCCAGGAGAAGAAGACGAUGAAAUGUUUAAGAAGUUGUCUGUUUGGAAACCAAACCUGUGUGUUAAUAAACAGGAUCUCAUCUGUUCAGAGUAUCAAAGUUAUUUCAGUGAUAUGAAAAAAAUAUGGGGAAGAAAGGCUGAAAUGGCACACAUUGCUGCUAGGGUUUCAGCUAUACACUUCUGGAGGAAGAUCCUGAGGAAGAAAUCAGAUAUUCCACUGCAUUUACUUCCAUCAGCAAAGCUGACCGUAAUAAAUCAGGCAAAAGGAGCUUUAGAUGCUCAUAAACUUCAACAGUGGUGGAAACGUGACCUGCAAUUUGAUUCUCAAGAUUUUUCUAUAUAUGAUCGUUAGGACAUGGCAACUGCAAGAUCUCCUCUAUCAAUAUCUAUGGAUUGAUUUCCCUUUGAGUAUUUUGUUAUUCUUGUAUGUUAGAAUAUUGUUUGUGUUUAUGAGAGUU